AUGGGAGAACUUGAAUUUUCAAAGGUGCACAACUCAACAAUCUUUCUUGAAAAUCCUCUAGCUGCUCACAACAAUCUAAAAUUCAUUGUUGAUAGUCUUAAGAAAUGUUGUCUGGUUCAUGCUUUGACGACUAGUCCGGUGAUUUAUCAGAAUUUGAUCAAAGACUUUUGGAGAAGUGCAAUUGUCAUGGAAGAUGACAAGGAAGAAAAGUAUCUUGAAGCAAAUAUACAAGGAAAGAAGAUUCUGAUAUCAGAAAGUGUUAUUCGGGAAUCACUUCAAAUCAAUGAUAGGGCUAAGUAUUCUAUGGAAAUUGACUUGUAUCAAACUCAAGAAGUUCUGGACCACAUGGGGUAUGAAGGAUCAUUUCCUCCUACUGGGAUCAGUGAUGAUCUCCCUUCAAGCAUUGAACUAAAUCUUGAUGAUGAUGAAUUAGGUCCAUUUCCGGGGUUUGACAGCCGGUGCUUUGAAAAUGUCAAUGAAGUUGCUCAACCAACAACCAAGACUGGGGAAGAAGUUAAUGCUCUCAAAAUUUUGCUCUCCUCUUCCAAGUCUAUGGAGGUCUCUUCAGGUCAAAUAGAUGUGAUUUCAAAGAUUCCUCCCUCUGAUUCAACUGUCUCUACUUCUGCUCCGCUUUUGAGUGAAUCAACACAACAACAAACCUCCCAGUCCUCUUUGAAAGGAAGUCGAUCAGAUUAA